AUGAUUUCUAUCAUUUUUGAUAUUUUGAAUAGACUCAUUUCUGACAUCAAAUUACAAUGGAUGCCAAUUUCAUUCCUUUUGAGCCGUUUAAUCUUCAAAUUUGAUUUCGGCGAUGGCGGGGCAUUUCCGGAAAUACAUGUAGCACAAUUUCCUCUCGGAAUGGGAUUGGGUGAACGAAGAGGAAAGAGUGAAGGUCAAAUCUCCUUACAGUACGAUGCCGACGGCAAACUGCGGCAUGAUGCUAUUGCGCGGCUUGGCCACGAUAAGAACAAAAUUGUUUACUCGAAGUUGUCUGACAUGCGCGCAAAAAUUUGGGAUGAAGAUGACGACGAUGUUCAGCGUCCCGAUGAAGAAACAAUAGCUGAGCAGACGGAAAAAACACGAUUAGCCUUAGAGAAAAUUACUGAGAGCAAGGUAGCAUCAGCUCUUCCUGUUCGUCAUGCAGAAAAGCAGGCACCCGUGCAGUACAUCCGGUAUACUCCCAGCCAACAAAGUUCAAUGCAUGCUGGGGGUUCACAGCAGAGAAUUAUUCGAAUGGUAGAGGAACAGAAAGAUCCCAUGGAGCCACCGAAAUUCAGGAUCAACCAAAAGAUUCCAAGAGCUCCUCCGUCACCUCCUGCUCCAGUGAUGCAUAGUCCGCCAAGGAAAGUAACAACCAAAGACCAAAACGACUGGAAGAUACCGCCAUGUAUUUCUAAUUGGAAGAAUCCUAAAGGUUUCACAGUUUCUCUUGAUAAACGAUUAGCUGCCGAUGGGAGAGGAUUACAACAGACUCACAUCAAUGAAGGAUUUGCAAAGCUUUCCGAAGCGCUGUACAUCGCCGACAGAAAAGCAAGAGAGUCAGUAGAAGCUAGAGCCCAGCUGGAAAAGAGAGUAGCACAGCACAAGAAACUUGAGCAAGAAGCUCGUAUGCGAGAGAUGGCUGCCAAAGCACGACAGGAACGUGCUGGUAUAAAGAAAAAAGGUGAAGAUGAGGAUGAAGCUGUCAAGGCACGAGAGGAAAUUAGACGUGAUCGUUUGGAUGACAUCAGGAAGGAAAGAAAUAUUGCUCGUAACAGACCAGACAAAGUGGACAGGCUUAUGCGAGAUCGUGAUCGCGAUAUUUCGGAGAAGAUAGUUCUUGGUUUACCAGAUGCCAAAGUUCGAUCAAACGAAACUCAGUUUGAUCAGAGAUUAUUCGACCAGAACAAGGGUUUAGACAGUGGUGCUAUGGACGAUGAAACGUAUAACCCCUACGACAAGGCUUGGCGAGGUGCUGACAAUGUUCAGCAGCACAUAUAUAGGCCAAGUAAAAAUAUCGAUAAGGAUGUCUACGGUGACGACCUCGAUAAAAUCAUCAAUACCCAACGCUUUGUUCCGGAUAAAGGUUUCUCUGGAGCGGAAGGAAGUUCUCGUGGAGCAGGACCGGUGCAGGUUGGUAGCUGA